AUGUCAAGCUCUAUGAAACCUGUCAAUACAUCCUACAUGAAUCCCAGAACUGUAAUUUUGAUUGGCAUUCCUGGACUAGAACACGUGCAAUUUUGGAUUGGAUUUCCAUUUCUUGCUGUGUGCCUAGUGGCCCUUUUUGGAAAUGUCAUUUUGUUGAUCAUCAUCCCUACAGAGCGCAGUUUACACCAGCCCAUGUACAUAUUUCUGGCUGUGCUGGCAGCUACGGACAUAGGACUCUGUGCAGCCAUUGCCCCAAAGAUGUUUGCCAUCUUUUGGCUCAGGGCUUACUCCAUGACCUUUGGUGCAUGUCUAACCCAGCUAUUCUUCAUUCACACCUUACAGUGCAUAGAAUCCGGCAUCCUGCUGGCCAUGGCCUUUGACCGUUACGUUGCCAUCUGUGACCCUCUGAGGCACACGUCCAUCCUCACACCUCCCAUCCUGGGCCAUGCCAUAGGGGCGGUGGCAAUCCGAGCAGUUGUGCUGGUGGGUCUGCUACCCAUUCUCAUCAAGAGACUGCAUGUGUUUCGCUCCAUUCGCGUUGCCCACUCUUACUGUGAGCACAUGGCCGUGGUCAAGCUUGCUGCGGAAGAUGUUAAGGUGAAUAAGAUCUGUGGUCUUUUUGUGGGCUUUAGCAUUCUGGGGUUUGACAUGAUUUUAAUCCUCAUCUCUUACGCACUGAUUUUCAGGGCUGUGUUUCGUCUACAGCAAAAGGAGGCUCGCCUCAAAGCCUUUAACACGUGCACAGCUCACAUCUUUGUGUUUCUUGAGUUUUAUAUUCUGGCCUUUUUCUCCUUCUUCAGCCACCGUUUUGGUCACGUUCCUCCCUCAACUCACAUUCUUCUGUCUACCAUUUACCUCCUUCUGCCACCUGCACUCAACCCUGUUGUCUACGGUGUGAAAAACAUGGUCAUUCGUGAGCGGGUGGCACAGGUUGUUCUUCUGAGCCGUGGAGGUGGGCCAUGA